UCACUUCCGGUUAUGUCCAACAUGGAUGCUUGGUGCUGUUUAGUCGUUUUCAGCUGUGUACUCUGUUUUGUACAUUCCACAGAUGUUGUGGAAACCAACAGCAGUUCCAAUUUCAAAAUAGAAGGGAAAGUUGAAAUUUUAUCAUCACACGAUAAAAGCUGGAUGUCUAACACUCGGAUCCUGGUGGACGGCGAUGAUUACGUCGCAUAUUUGAGAAGCGAUGGCUCUUUUGUUGUCAAUGGUUUACCCUCCGGUUCCUUCAUUGUGGAAAUAGCCAACCCCACAUACCUGUUUGAAGCAGCCCGAGUAGACAUCACAUCAAAGGGAAAGAUCCGGGCUCGAAAAGUUAACCACCUACAGCCUAACAAUGUGAGGGCCAUGCCCUACCCCCUGGAGUUCCGGGAAAGGGGCAAAGCUAACUACUUCCAGGCCAGAGAACAGUGGCGAGUGCAGGACUUCCUAUUCCACCCAAUGGUUCUGACAAUGGUGCUGCCCCUGGCUCUCAUCAUGGUGUUACCAAAGAUGCUGAAUGCAGCUGACCCUGAGACACAGAAGGAGAUGCAGACUCAGAUGAGCGCCCUCAACUCCAAGCCCAACAUGCCUGACAUGUCCGAGAUGUUCACCAACUUCUUUGGCGGUGGCGAUGCAAGAAAACCCAUCAAAUCUAAACAAAGUUCCAAGAGAAAGUCUUGAGUUUAAGCCAUUUGUUAGGCAUAUUGUAUCACUCAUUUAGGCAGAGACAGAAUUCUAUAUGUUAUUUCAAAAGGUUUUUAUGACACUUGUUUAUUGCUAAAAGGGGAGUGCAUCUCUUGCAACAAUACUUUAUGACUGUGAAAAAGUUGUGUAAUUGCUGAUUGCUUGUCAAAAUUCAUAGUGUUCAUAUUUGAGACCUGUAUGUGUAGAUCUAUGGUGUACAAUAAAUAGUUGGUAAGAUUGAUUCUUAAUGCAAUUAGUUGAAGCUAAACAGAGAAUAUGAUGCUGUCUUUUGUGUAAGAAUUUUUAUCCACUUUGGUGUGUAUUGGAAAUUACUUACUUGAGAUUAUUACUUACUAUUCAACUGAGGACAAUUUAAUUUAUAUCUAGUUGAAUGGUGAGAGCUAGUUCUGGUUGAUUUCCUUCCCUGUUACUACCAGUAAGUUAGAAGGGCAUGUAUGAAUAAGCUUCAUCCCGCUUCAUGUCUCCGUCAUAUUUUGUGUGGGAAUCCAUAACCAAAACAUUAAUUAAUCCCUUCAUGAAACUUUGCCCCUAUAUCCACCUUUGAGCUAACAUAGUUUUAAUACUUUCAAAUUUCAUUAUUUUAUUUUAACAAAGCAGGGUAAGAUUUCUUCUUAAUGUCAAAAAGCACUGAAACCGCAUAUUCACUAAAAGAUCUUGUGCCAUAUUGUUUUUAGAAUUUGCUAAUAUUCUUUUAAAUAUGUUCCAGUAUGUUAGUUUUAUAUAUUAAAUCCAGAUAGGUUGCUUACAGGACAGAACUUUUCGAUUUGAAUAUGUGAUAGAAUUUCAGUAUGCGUGAAAAUAAUGAAAAAUAAUAUUACAGAUGCAAUGCUUUUAUGCAUGGUAAGGACUAUAAGGACAGCGUUGUCUUCUAUGUUUCUCCAUACAGGAGCAGCGUGAUCCAAUACCUGCCAUGUCCAGAAUUAAUUAGAAAGAUUUGUGUUUUUCUGUCAGUUGUAUGUGUGUAUAAUUCAAUCUGGCAUCAAUUUCUUGGAGCAGAGUUGAAAAGAUAACCACCUUUUGUGUCAUCUUUAAUCUCCGAUCAUCUGCUUCAUGUUCUAAUGGAUCACAAAGAUUUUCCUCUUCUUGGUAUGAGGAGUGUUCGUCACAGGAGUGUACAUUUCUUAUGUGUCUCUAUUUAUGAAUGAAUGUUGAAGUAAUUAUUGUGGUAUCCAGCACUUGUACACUCUGAUCAUUCACCUUACUUGUCAUGGUCAAUAGUUCACAGGUUUGUUCACCAUAUUCAUCAGGCUAUAAAUACUGCUUCAUGGCAUGUAGGGGCAGUAGGGUAGCCUAGUGGUUAAAGCAUCCGUUCGUCACGUCGAAAAACCGGGUUCGAUUCUCCACAUGGGUACAAUGCGUGAAGCCCAUUUCUUGUGUCCACCGCUGUGAUAUUGCUGGAAUGUUGCUGAAAGCGGCUUAUAACCAUACUCACUCACUCAUGGGAUGUAGUUAUUUAUGUUGUUUAUAGGCCAAUGGAAAAUGCUGGUUACUAAGCCACAGCCCAAAAUGUGUGAACUCUACUGUUGCCUGAUACUAAAGCAGUUUUUUAGAGUAGAUGUCUGCAAGGCUCCUGCACAUGUAGCAGGGUGUAUUACAGUGUUUGUGAUGUAAAUGUUAGCUUUCAUGGGACACACAUUGCUGGUUUCUUUCUUGCUGGAGCCAUAAUUUGAUUCACUGAUUAACAAACAUGACUCAACUAAGAAGUGGUCGUGUGUAAUCCACACAGCAGAUGGUAGAGUAUGGUGUAUACAGACCUUUGAAGUAUUGUGCAUGAUCAUUUGUGUAUCGUUGUGGUUGGAUUGAUGCAGUGUCUGUGGGAAUGGCUUAGGAAACAGACCCAGCCAGUGGCUGUUGAGUUUAGAAUUCAUGUUUGUUUUUGUGUUCAUUUUAUUAUGGAACACUGCCUGGCAUUACAUUGAAACUGAUCCCUGAGGAAACGUAAAAUUUGUUUCUUCAUCAUUGGAGCAAUUUCUAAAGACACAAUCUGUUUCUUAUAUUUGCAAUUUAUAAAAGAGAUCCAUUUGACAAUAACAGACAAGUGGUAACAGUGGAGUCAAGAUUUUAAGACGUGAUGGUUAUCAAGAGUUAUCUCCCUUGACUGUGUUUCAGUGUCCCAAACUGUUUAUCGUGAACAUUGUUGUUGUUAACACUCAGUGAUGAUAUGUUCAUCUGUUGCACAUAAAUCGUUGUUCAGCGCCAGUUUGUCCAUUGAGUAAUUCUUUUUAACAGGUUGGCUCAACAUAUAUCUCUAGGUUUAGAAACGAACAUUGUUUUCUGUGAUUUGGGGUACUCUCUAUUUACCACAGUUCCCAGUUCGGGACAUGACUGGGGAGGUAUAAACACCUCCUAUUUUAAAAAAACCAAAACUGAAGCAUUGAAUGUGAUUUCAAUACUAAAAGUAAAAAAUUUCAAAACUUUUUAUACAUUUAUAAAACGAAAGUGGCCAUAUCAGUGUAUACUCUUCAACUGGCUGUACUCUCAGUGAUGAAACUCCCAACUCUGGAGGAAAUGCAUGUCGCUGUAGCAUUUCAUUGAAACUAUUGUGUUGUAAGUAUUUACCUGGAGUGUGUUGUGUGUUUUGAUGGCUGUGCAAGGUUACUGUUUUACUGGUAUCAGUGUAUAAACUACAAUGUUUCUAAAUCAUGGCAAUAUUGUAAAUAAACCGUUUCUCUUA